GGGCUGGGUUCUGGGGUUGCUGUGGGGCUGGGCUCGCUAUGGGGCUGCCCCACACACAGGUGCUGCAGAAGUCGCUGUCGGUGGUGAAGGCGCAUUGGAGGGAGCACCAGGAUUACGCCUUCGCCUGCGAGCAGCUCAAGUCCAUCCGCCAGGACCUGACCGUUCAGGGCGUCCGCACAGAGUUCACGGUGGAGGUGUACGAAACGCACGCACGCAUCGCGCUGGAGAAGGGUGACCACGAGGAGUUCAACCAGUGCCAAACGCAGCUGAAGUCGCUGUACGCCGAGAACCUGCCCGGCAACGUGGGCGAGUUCACCGCGUACCGGGUGCUGUACUACAUGUUCACCCGGAACUCGGGGGGUGAGUGGGGCCGGGACCCCUCCCCAAAUCCCGGGGGGUGUCUGGGGUAACCCCAACCCUGAUAGCCUGACCCUGAUAACCCAAGCACUGCGUGUUCACCCAGAACUCGGGGGGUGAGUGGGGCCGGGAGGGGGAUGUGUCCUGAGACCCCCACCCCAAACCUGGAGGAGGGGAGGGGGCUGGGGCUGAGCUGGCAGCGUGGGUGCGGUCUGCGCCUGACCCUGACCCCCCCCAGGAAUUCCAGGCUGAGGGCGCUCCUGGGACCCCCACCCCAAAUCCAGAGAUCAUAGGGGGGUCACCCCCCCCUUAUUCCAAUGCCCCCUCCCCAUACUGGGGUUCAGCCCCCCCGUCUCAAACUGAGGGGUCUCACGGGGCCGUGAUGUCAACCUUCCCGAGCCCCUCCCCCCCCAACAGGAGG